GAAACCAUGGAGCUCCUAUGUUUGGUGCUGGGCGUUUGGGUCUUGUGGCUCGUUUGGGCGAUCCAAACGUGGUGGCUUCAUUUCUCGAAACGACUUCCGCGCUCCGACCCCUCAUGUCCCAGUCGUGGGCCCCGGCCCAAGCUAGGGCAGAAGCCCUCAGCCCUGAAUUUUGGGUCUGCAUUGCCUGCACUGCCAGUCGCUGCGCCUGAGACACCGGAAACCUUCACUUUGCCUGGGGCAACCCAUGGUGCCAACGACACUGCGCAGGCGGAUCACACCAUGGGGCAAGCCUUCCGAUCAAGAGCCUUGGGUGGUUCCCAGAGGAUGAUGGAGAAGAAGCGCUGCCCAGUGCUUCUGGGGUCCAGCCCUUUGGGGAAGAGCCUGCAGAGCUGCCCAGUGGGGCCAGUGGGGAGUUCGGUGCCGGUGCCCUUGGAUAUGAAUCAUGUCUCUCUAGGACUCUGGCAAUACCUUUGGGCAGCCCAUGCAAUUGCCAUACCGGCUAUUGCCUUGGUGAUGUUGGGAUGGUGCCAAAUCCAACUGUCUCGGCUCCUGAAGCUGCUUGGCUUGCUCCCUGAGGCUUCAGAGAUAGAUCUGCGGCGCAUGAUCUACCACCUAGUGUUGGAGAACUUGUGCACCGGAGUUGCUGACAUUGAAGGCACUGAAGCGGGCAAGGUGGCCACCUUCGUCUUCAGCCCUUUUCCGCUCUACCUAGACCAAAAGUCUCAGGUGUUGAGUCAUGUGAAGACCAGCAUGGUGGUCAAAUUGAAUCUUAGCCGGGAAGGCUUUGUGCAUGCUGAGCUUGAUGGAGAUAUUUGCAGCCUGACUGAUGCUGCAGUGUUACUGGCCCACUACGUGACCAACGUGAAUCAUCCCAGGAUGCAUGCCUAUGCCAACUGGGCCAUCGACCCGGCAGACCAUAGCAACCGAUACCUGCAGAAAAUGAGUGUGGUGACGACGUGCUACAAUCAUUAUGGGUGCACCAACUUCCCGCAGAUGGCCAGCAACAUGGUGCAUCAGGGUGCAGGGCCUGCCUUUGAAGCAUGCCUCAAGGAGUCUCUGAGGAGUGGUGUUCCCGAGCACAAGCAAGUCUUGGCUCUGGGAGAACAUUCCAAGCUCUUGAACUUCAUGUUGAGGCUACCGAAAUCAAGCAGGCAUUCAGUGCAGAGAGGAUUUCCCAGCCAGCUACAGUUGUGAAUCCCACUUUUUGGGGACUGUCGUACACUCCUUGGACCAUUAUGUGUUUUGCUUUGGACCAUCAACCCUUGGGUCUUCAGUGGACUCAAACCCUCCAAGGAGUACCAGACCUGGACCACAGCACGGUGCUGCUCGCUGCUGACGGCAAAAUUCAGUUCCACAGGAUGGUUUACUCUGCUGCUUCCAGGAUCUGGAUGAGACCUUCGCAGACGAAAUUCAGACGUGCAUUGUGAAGUGAUGCGCAUUGAAAUUCAGAUUGUUCAGUUGCGUAUUGUUGCGUAUUGAAUUUGGCCAAUUCUCAAUCUGCUUUGUCACGAAAUUGGCUGGACAUUUGUGUCCCAAAUUCGUGCUUAGUUUGUAGGCGAUUACUGUACCAGCCACGUGUAUAGGUUAUCAAUUCGCUGGAUUUUUUCGUUUUUGAUCAUUUUUGUCCCAAUUUUGUGCUAAGCUUGCAGGAGCCAAGCUCGCGCAAUUGUCAACUUGUUCUGAUUUGAUGCGGGACCUGUGCACUUUUCUGGAUCUUGCCAGACCGAGUAUCAGUGCAAGUUUUAGAGCUGAGCUUGGGGUGAUCGCGGCGCCCAUGUGUGAUCCCUGACAGGGGCCUUUGCUCGCGAGAUUCAACGCAAAGUUGGCACGUUGCCCCUUUCGGUUGGCGUGAUCCCAUGAGUCUUGUAGCUAAGUAACGUGUUGAUCCGAGGGAUCCAUCCUU